CCCGAAAUGGCCCAAUUUCAGACAAGUUGAAAUAACGUAAAACACGCUCAUGUGAACCAACACCAUUCCUACACUUCUCAGUGAAGCGAACUCCCUUCACCGAUCUCUCCCAACGAAGUAAGUUUUCCCAACGAAAUUGGCUACAUUUCGUGCUUCAUUUUCGUUUUCUCUUUUAUCAGUGCCUUCACAGUAGCAUUUGUUUUUGAGAAUUGAAUAAGCUUCUUCUUCCCUUUUAUUAGGGUCUUCAACAGUAGCCAAUUUGUAUUUGAUUUUGAGUUAAGUAGGCGUGCGUGAAAAUGUGUUCAACUAAUCAUCGUGGUAAUAAUGAUGAUGAAGACGAUGAUUUUGAGACCCCUGCCGCUCCUUCUAAACAGGGAAGCAUUAGAAGGAUCCGCUCACAGGCGAAGCAAACUGUUAAAUCUAUUAAGGCCGGCAAGAGAAAGGCCGAGAAUGCCAAUGAAAACGGUAAAAAGAAAAAGAAAAAGACGAAGGUUCCUGCUCUAGCUGAAAAGAAGGUUGGUGAGUACUAUCUAGAAGCUGAUGAACAUUUCCAAAUCAGGAUUAGUUGCCAUACAAACACAGAGAUUGUCAGCAUUCUGAAGCAAUACUUGACUGAAACACAACAACAAAUGUUUCGGGAUAGUUUUUUUGGCUACUUCUUCGAGUUGCUUCCAUUCAACAAUCAGAAUCAACUCAUAUAUGUUUUUUUACUGAAGGAAAUUGCCCCUAAUUGUGAAAAAGAGACAUAGAUUAAACUCAAUGCAUGGUAAUACUUGCGGUUCGGCAUCAGAGAAUUUGCUUUAGUUACUGUGUUGAAGUGUUACGAAGAUGAUAACACUGUGUAUGAUGAGCCAGAAGUCAACUGGUUAUUGAAAGAGUAUUUUCCCAGAUAUGGAAAAGAAUUAGUAACAAGGGAGAGUUUGCUUGAUCACUUCAAGCAAAAGGGUUGGAAGUCAGAUGAGGAUGCAAUCAAAAUGGCCAUACUAGCAUUCAUCCACCAUUUCCUUUUCUCUGAUGCUAAUAAGCAUAGCAUAUUAAAAAAGGAUUUUGAUAUAGUUGAGAGUGGUCAGUAUCAGAGGUAUGCAUGGGGCAUAAAAGUAUUUGAAGACAUGUUCAAAACAAUGAUGGAUAAAUUGCGUGCCAAGUUGAUGAUGUACAGGCUCGGAGGU